AUGGCCGCCUCCCCAGACCUCCGCAUCGACCCCAUCACGAGCGCCGACGACGUCCCGGAAGCGCACCAAGUCGUCACCAACGCGUUCGCCAAGCAGGCCGGCGACGAGAUCUGGGUGCACUUCAACCCGGGCUGGGACACGCCGGCCGGGCAGGCGGCGGCGGCGGCGCGCAUGGCGGCGCGCUUCCGCAAGACGACGCGCGAUGCCGCCGGCGACCCGAACACCGUGUUCCUCAAGGCGACGCUGCCGGACCCGGACGGCGGGGACGGACAGCGGCGCAUCGUCGGCGUCGCCAUCUGGGUGCAGCUGUCCAUGGUCGAGGGCCGCGGCGACAAGCCGGUCGAGGACCUCCGGGCGACGGCCGACCUCGAGGCGCUGUACCCGGGCGACGCGCGCGCGCAGCGGUACUGCGUCGAGGUCGAGCGGGGGCUGCACAGGCGGCGCGCCGAGGUCGUCAGGGCCAAGGCGGACGAGGCGCAGCCGGCCGUCAUGGUGCUGGACCUGUGCGCCGUCGAGAUGGGGUUCCAGCGGAGGGGCAUCGCGCAGAAGCUCGUGCGGUGGGGGCUUGAGGAGGCAGAGAGGAGGGGGGGUCUCGAGGCGCUGACGGAGGCGUCGGCCAUGGGACGCGGGGCCUAUGUGAAGCUUGGGUUCCGGCAGGAGGGGCCCGAAAUUGACUACGGCGUGAGCGACGAGUUCAAGGACUGGAAGAAGCCGUCGAACAUUUUCAUGAGGACGGGUGGUGAGGGGGCUUGA